CCACAAUAUUUCACUAGAAUAAUUGGCAAAAAAAGAUGCAACAUAGUCCACAAUUUUAUUUACCUCGAGAUAGAUAUGACUCACCUUGAAAGUGGUAUAAUAUCUUUCGCACACUACCAAAUGUUCUGGAGCAAAAAGUGUCUGUCCGUGGCCAUGGUAUGCCAAUGAAUCCAUCCUAUUAUGAUAGCUGAGUCAUCUUUUAAAAGAAUGAAUCCACCUGCAAGCAUAAUCUCACAUAACCAUUCUCUACCCUGAUCACUCUCAACUCAGCUCCUGAGAUAGUGGUAUUAAAGAUCCGGUUCCUGCCUGCAGCAAUUAGAUGUGAGUUAGGACUUAUACUCACAAACCUUGUUCCUUCUUGCUCAUACUAUUAUUAAAUUUUUUUUUGAAAAAACUCAGGAGGUGGAGGCUCUGCCAAAGCCCCUCCUUGGGCACGGCUCCGGACCGUAAAUUUCGGUGGUUGAGUGCUCUUCUCGAACCAUUCGUGACGGGCCGGAUGUGAUAAGUCCAAUGUGCGACACUGAUGCCGUGGUCCGCGUUGAAAGAGAAUAUGAGUUACCAACUGCUCGUCACAGCGAUUCCAGACGCUGUCGAAAAGCCAAGCGAACAGGCACUAGCACACGUGAUUGUUUUCAGACGUGAGACAGAGACAGAGGAAGAGCGCGGUGGGUGAUCCAGCGGUGGAUACGCUCGAAAGAAGCCGAACCCUUCUUUCUCGCGAAAGAUACAACCCCGAUUGCCCAACAACCAAGGAUCUAUGUCCUCAAUUAGCAACACCCUCCUCUCAGCUUAAAUAGCCACAUUCUCUCCUUCGCAUUCCUCCCAUUCCCGAGUCUCCUCUCUACAAAGGAGACACCACAGCAUGACAAGCCACCAGAAUUCCGAUUCCACUACCUCCCAAUUUGAUAACUCAAAGAAGAGGAGAAAGCUCCUCCUCCUCCUCGUCACCUCCUUCCUCCUCAUUGCCGCCGUCAUUGCCACGGCCUCCACCCUCCUCGCCCGCCACGCCGUCACCUCCCACGAGGCCACCGUCUCCCAUGCCAUCCUCCGGUCCUCCUGCCUCUCCGCUCGCUACCCCGACCUCUGUUACUCCGCCGUCGCCGCCAACCCGGCACUGGUCCAGACCAUCUCAAAACCCAAGGACGUUAUCCACGCCUCCAUCAACCUCACCAUCACCGCCAUCCAGCGCUCCUUCCGCCACGUUGAAAGGCUCUCCGCGUCCCACGCCAACCUCACCACGCGGGAGCGCACUGCCCUCCAUGACUGCCUCGAGAUGUUCGACGAAUCACUCGACGAGCUCCGCCUCACAGACGCCGACCUCCGGGCCUAUCCCGCCGGCAAGCCCCUCCGUCGGCAUGCCCUCGACCUUGAGAUUCUGGUCAGCGCCUCCAUGACCAACCAGGAGUCGUGUUCCGAUGGCUUCUCCUACGAGGACGUCGAGAGGCGCCUCCGCCGCGAGAUCCUCUCCGGCCUCACGCACGUGACCCACAUGUGCCGCAACGCCCUCGCCAUGAUCAAGAACAUGAUCGACGCCGACAUUGCAGCUGCGGACGUGGCGGCGGACGGCCGGGGACGGCGGAUGCUGGGUUUCGACAUCGAUGAGGAGGGGUUCCCGGAUUGGAUGGAGAAGAAGGAUAGGAGGCGGCUGCUGCAGGCCACGGGGGAGGUGAAAGCGAAUGCGGUGGUGGCACCGGACGGGAGCGGGGAUUAUAAGACAGUGGGAGAGGCGGUGGCUGCGGCGCCGGCAAAGAGCAAGACGAGGUGGGUGAUACAAAUAACGGCGGGGACGUAUGAAGAGAAUGUGGAGGUGCCGAAGAAGAAGACGAAUUUGAUGUUCAUCGGAGAGGGGAGGAAAACCACCAUCAUCACCGGCAGCCGCAACGUCGUGGAUGGGAGCACAACCUUCCGUUCCGCCACCUUAGCCGUGGUGGGCGAAGGGUUCCUAGCCCGCGGCCUCCGCAUCCAGAACACGGCCGGACCGUCGAAGCACCAGGCGGUGGCCCUUCGCGUGGGCUCCGACCUCUCGGCCUUCUACGACUGCGACAUCAUCGGCUACCAGGACACCCUCUACCUCCACUCCCUCCGCCACUUCUUCCGCAGCUGCCUCAUCCAGGGCACCGUCGACUUCAUCUUCGGCAACGCCGCCACCGUCCUCCAGGACUGCGACAUCCAGGUCCGCCGCCCCAACGCCAACCAAAAGAACAUGGUCACCGCUGAUGGCCGCGACGACCCCAAUGAACCCACCGGCAUCGCCAUCCACCGCUCCCGCAUCACCGCCGCCCCCGACCUCGAGCCUGUUAAGAGCUCGUUCCGGUCGUACCUCGGGAGGCCAUGGAAGGAAUACUCAAGGGCUGUGAUAAUGGAGUCGGAAAUCAGCGAUGUGAUCGAUCCCGCCGGGUGGCACGAGUGGAACGUACCCUUCGGGCUCGACACAUUGUAUUACGGGGAGUAUAAGAACACCGGUGCCGGUGCCGGGACGGCAGACCGGGUCAAGUGGAAGGGAUACAGGGUUUUAACCGAUGUCCAAGAAGCAAAGCAGUUCGCUCCCGGGAACCUUCUCGGGGGUUCGAAUUGGUUGGAUUCCACUGGAUUUCCCUACUCCCUGGGUCUAUCAUCUUGAUCGGUUGUGUUGGUGUCUCAUCUAUCUAUGCACUGUACCAGCGUUUUCUUCUAUAUAUCUAUUACGUGCCAUUUUGAUGACAAUAAUUAAGAGCGUUAUAUAUCCUUUUUAUGGUGUUCUAUCGUAUGUAUAACAGGUUGUAGUCGGGUUGGAAUUGAUCUGACCUGCAUCUGUUGUAGUUAGUCAACUUCAGUUUUUUUUU